AUGGCGGAGCCUACCAACCACGAUCUUAUCAUCGCCCUCCGAAAGGAGGUGGAAGAGAUGCGAGCAGAGAGAGCUCGGGCAAAAGCUGAAAAAGAAAAACGAGCAAGGGAGGUAGUUCCAGUCUUGAAUAUGUUUAGUCAUGGUAACAUUGUGGACAUUCCUGCAGGUCCGCAGAUAGAGGCCAAUAACUUCAAGUUGGGGAUACCCUUAAUCAAUAGGGUUGAACAAAAUGCCUUCGCAGGAAGAGAUAAUGAGGACGCGAAUCGACAUCUCACCAAGUUUGUGGAAAUAGCUAAUACAAUCAAGAUCAAUGGUGUUGAUGAUGAUAUUGUGAGGGUAAGACUUUUUCCCUUUUCCUUAACUGAUGCUGCUAAAGAAUGGUAUGAUUGUCUGUCUACAGAUAAAACCACCAAUUGGAAGGAUCUAGUGGUACUCUUUCUCGACAAGUACUACCCGCCUGGCACCAUCCUUAAGCUUAAGUGUGAGAUUUUUCAAUUCAUGCAAGGAUCCGAUGAGCCUCUAUAUGAAGCUCUCGCACGUUUCAAAACUCUCCUCAGCAAAUGCCCGAACCAUGGUUUUGGAAUAGACCAUCAGGUAGGAAUCCUUUAUAAUGGGUUUAACGAAAAAAUCUCUAGUUUAUUGGAUUCAGGGGCGAAUGGGGGAUUCUUGAGGAAAGGAGGAGUUGCUGCUAUGGAGGUGAUAGAGGAAUUAGCUACCAACAGUCGGGGUUGGUCCAAAGAGAAGCACAAAGCUGAAAGGCUAGAUGCAGUGAAGAGACCAUGUGGGAAUGAGACAUCUCAAGAAUUGGCAUCCAUCAGAGCAAGACUUGAAAAAUUAGAAGCUACAGGCAAAGAGGGGAAUGUCAUCAAAGAUGUUAAAUAUGUCCAAAAUGGGGGUGAUCCCAAUAGGCUUCAUAAUAAUAAUUAUCGCCCUAAUCAGGGGGGUGGUAGUUUUAAUAAUUAUAAUGGAAAUCACCCACAUCCAAAUGUAUCUCAUGCUAAUAAUCAUAACUUUGUCCAAUCACCUGCAGGGUUCAAUGUGAGCAAAGAAAAAGGAGUGGAGCCACCUACCAAUGGAGAAAAAUAUGAGAUGGGCAUCCAAAAGAUCUUGGAGGUGAUGCUUGAGGAUAGAAGAAACAAUGAGGCCAGGAUUGGAUUUAUAGAGGAGAGAGUGAACAACCUCGAGCAAGGAAUAAGUACAAUUACCACUGCCGUCAUGAACAUUCAAACUCUAAUGGACCAAGUCCACAAGAAACUUGAAGAAGACAAGGGAAAGGCAGCAGCACGAGUGGCGGACAUAAACAAGAAGUGGGUCGCAAAGCAGAAGAAGGACGAAGGCAGCACCUCCGGAACGAAAUUUGAGGACUGCCCGACACCCAGCGGACCGCCGCACACCCCGCGGCGGGCCGCCACUGAGAAGGCAGAAUCGUCCACUAAGCAGGAGCUCGUGCGGCACAACGGGAUUGUACUCCCUUUUCAGCCAAAGAGGAAGUUCAAGCUUGAAGAGCAGUUCAAGCAAUUCCUUAACAUGUUUUGCAAGGUCCAUACUAACAUUCCACUUGUUGAAUCGUUGCAGGAGAUACCAAAGUAUGCAAAGCUACUAAGGGAGGCGGUAAUGAGGAAGAAAAAGCCGACUAAAGCCGACCUUAAGCUACCGCAUCAUUGCAGCGAGAUCAUCCAAAAGGAAAGGGCAGUGAAGCAAAGAGAUCCGGGCCAGUUCAUCAUUAGGUGCCGAAUUGGAGAAGGAAAAGUUGAUAAGGCCCUCUGUGAUUUGGGAGCAAGCAUCAACAUCAUGCCGCUGAAGUACUAUGAAAAGCUCAACAUCGGGCCACUCAAGACCUCGGAUGUGACCAUAAGGUUGGCCGAUAACACGGCCAUCAAAACGGUGGGUAUGAUUGAGGAUGUCUUGGUGAAGGUAGACGAUUUCAUCUUUCCUGCCGACUUCAUUAUUCUUGAUAUGAAAGUAGACAAGAAUGUACCUCUAAUCUUAGGCAGAGAUUUUCUAGCCACAUGCAAAGCUCUUAUUGAUGUAGUGCAAAUAAAAAGUGCAUCACAGACCAAGUUCAGAUUCCAGAUAUCGUGGGGGAAUAGGAGGGGAAGAAGAAAGAACAACAGCUCUAUCAUGGUGGUGAAAAUUGGAAGAAACAGGGAGGUCAGAACAGUCACGAAUUGCCGGAAGGCUCCAGAAAAGGAUCCAGAACUCUAG